CCUUUUCGGACCUUUUUUUUGGUAGGCGUGCCGCCGUGGAGUUCUCACCCUCCGAUGCAAAAGGAAUUACGUAUGCACAGCAUUCAUCAGGCACACAUGAUAUUGCGUGCCGCGCUAUUGUGAGGAUGCACUAGUGGAUUGGUGGUUGUGAAAAUUGUGAUAUUGGCAAGGGGGUAAUGUAUUCAUCUAGAAAAUGAGUCUCCUGAGGGAUCCAAGUUACGUGCCUCUGCAAAGAUUUAGUGUGCAACCAAAGAAACAUACUGCGGACAUUUUUCUGUGGAGGGACAAGAAAAUUACUGCCAGUGUGCUUGGGUUUGCCACUUCACUUUGGGUGCUUUUUGAGUUGCUUCAGUACCAUUUGCUUACACUUGUUUGCAAUAUACCGAUCCUUGCAUUGGCAGUCCUUUUCCUUUGGUCCAAUGCAUCCACCUUCAUCAACAAGUCUCCACCCCAAAUUCCAGAUGUCAUUCUGCCUGAGGACAUUGUCCUGGGUGUUGCUGCUGCACUCAGGACUGAAAUAAAUAUAGCUCUUGAGAGUUUUCGGGAUAUUGCCUCUGGGAAGGAGUUGAAGAAAUUCCUUGCUGUAUGUUAUCAUGUCCUUGUAGUAUAAUUCUCUCCAUUAUCUUGAGAGAAUCAGCUUGAUCACUACUUCCUGUGUAGUUCUUCAUUCAUUUGAGUGUCACCUCUUCUACAUUUUAAUACAAAAAUUGGCAUUGUAUUAACUGGGAAAAGGAGGUACAGACCGAGAAAACGAGAUAUUGACAUGUUGAGGAAGCACUUGCUCUGUCAUCAUGCAUCGCUGAUAAAUAUUGUCUCCUCAAGAGUUUUGCCAUCCAAAUCCUUGGCAACCGUGUCUCGGGGGAAUUUUAGCAAGCCCAACUCAAAUUUCAAAUAUUUUUCCUGAGGAGAGUACAGUGCAGAACUCCUAGGAUCAGCAGGCUAUACGAAACCUCGCAAAUUUCAAAAUUCCAGAGCAACUGAACCGAGCAAAAAACAAAUACAAUCAUCUAAAGGUUAAGUGUUCACCAACAUCUCUUGUAUUCAUUACUUUUGUAGAUUUAUCCUCUUCUUAUAUCUUUAUUCAUCAAAAUUUUCAUUUUCUAUCAUAUACUCUUAUUAAUUUUUUUUAAAAUAAUGUUGUUGAUAUAUCUAGAGUUGAUAUUAUCUUCCAAAAUGAUUUCUGUUACGCCAUCAAUAUCUGUAAAGCUUUCAUAGCUAAAUUUAUUUAUUUUUGUACUUCCAUCCAAUUAAUGUAGCCUAUUUUUUAGGUCUGAGUGGUUCUACAAUUUUGGACCACAGGAGUCCCGAUGCUGUGAAUGAGAUAAAAUAAUGAAUUCACAUUAAUUACUAACAUAGGUUAACAUAGGGCAAACUGAGCUCCAAAAAAGUUCAAAUUCAACCCAUCUCUGUUUUCUAAUGCUAGCUUUUUGAAUGGCCCAUCUUUGCUAGUAGUUAGCUGACUCAUAAAUCUUUUCUUUGUAAUUUCCUUAUUGAUAAGUAAAGAAACAUAUAUGAUACUUUUUAGUUAAUAACAUAAUAUUGGUUCUCAAGGGGAUGACCUAAGGGAUAGGAGUAACAACUUGGAGAUUCCAGGUUUGAAUCUCAGCUGCAACACUUGGUGCGCCCAUCUUGUCUAGCCUUGGUGGGCAGUACUAAGUUGUCAAUAUGUGCCAUGGACUCCAAUACUAGCUCUGUUUCCAUGCUUGUAGUAUGGUGUUGAAAUUUCUCCCGGGUUACCUCGUGACUUAUUUGAUGCCAGGAAGUUAGACUUUUGCAUAUGAGUUUAAUAAUUCCCCUUGUGGGAUGGACAGGUGUACCAGUUAAUUAGUUGGGGUGCAUGCAAGCUCUAGGGACACCAUUAGUUUCACUAAAAAAAUGAAUUGGGUACUGUAGAAUAUAUGCCCAACUAUGGGACAAAGGCUCAUACAUAGUUGUGAGUUGUGACAUAGUGAGACGGUAGUUAACUUGAUCCCCAUAAUGGAUAAAUUCCUUGAGGACUUGAAGUUAUUGUCACUCUAUAUCAUUGUAUUAUGGACCAUCUUCUGUUUUCAGGUAUGGGAAACAAGAAAUUAUGGGUAAGUAGGUUAUAUGGGAGCCAUACAUUUUUCUAAAAAUUUCAGUUCUGCGACUUAAUGAGAUGUAGAGUGCAAAACAAUUUUUAACUACAUGUGGAACUUUCUCUAUAUGUUUUUUUGCUAAGAAAUUGCUUCAUGGAUCUUUCUUGUGUCUUUGAACUUGAAUAUGCCUUUUGUUGUGCGUCAAAAAGCAGAAGUUUCCCUUUGAUUAUUCUACAAACUACAUAUAUAUUGAAGAUGUAUUUUUUACUUGAAGAAUUUGCACCACUCAACAGGAUUACAAGUUCUUUUCUCUACAAUUAUUAGUCUUUCUCUUAUUUUUUUCAUUUUAGGGGAAGUUUUGACAUCCUAGGUGUUCUGGAACUUACACUUGGGAUAUUCAGUAAUUGUAUCCGGGUUCAUCCUCCUUCCAGAGUUAGAUGUAAGGUAUAGGAGUUUUCAGGGCUAUUACCUAAUACUCUUGAAUAUGAACUAGUUCCGCGUAAGGUUAUUUGGGCAAAGUCUAUUCAACAAUCAUUGUCUGGAUAAAGAAGACAUAUGACUGUAUUUCCUUGCAAAUGAGAGAGAAAGAUCAGCUUUUGCCUUGUAUAUCUAUUCGAAAAUGGAUAAGGGUUGCAAAGUAUAACUGCACCCUUGCCCAAUAAUGUUUUUAGUAGAAAUUGAUUUGCAUUUCCCAUUUUAUGUAGGUCUGAGAUAUAUAUUGCUCUAGUGGAGUUUAUGUGUAUCAAAGAUUUGGUGAUGAGAAUGCUUAUAAAUGAUGUUGAACUGCUUAUGCUUCCAUC